AUGCUGCGAAAAAAAAAUAAGAAAAAAGAUGAAGUCUUCUUUUAUUCCUCCCCCUCACCUUUGUUCUUCCUCUUUUUCUCUGAUUUUUUCUCGCUGCAUUUUUUACGUUAUGCUUUCCGUUAUGUUGGGAUAGUUCAUAUUUCUGCAUACUUCUUUUUUUUCCCCUAUAUUCAUUAUCCUUUUGUCAGCCAGACGUUUCAGUCUUUUUCUCUUCCUCUUCUUCUUUUGACUCACUUUUCUCUUUUUGACUCUUUCCCAUUUUCAAUUAUCCGUCACAUUUUUAACACUUCUCAUUUUGCCUCUCUCUCUAUCUCUCUCUCUCUCUCUCUCUCUCUCUCUCUCUCUCUCCCACUCUUCAUCUCGCCCCUCUCACUCUCUCUUUCCGAAUUUUUUAUCAACAUUUCUUCUCUUUCUUUCAUAUUUCUUUCUUUUUUUUUUCUUUCUUUCUUUAUUCACCUCUACAUUAUCUUGUCUCUCUCUCUCUCCACCAUACCUUUAACAAUUCAUUUCUCCUCUCUCUUUAAACUUUUCAGGUUUUUUAAAAUAUUUUCCGUACUUCUAUCUAUCUAUCUAUCUAUCUAUCUAUCUAUCUAUCUAUCUAUCUGUCUGUCUAUCUAUCUAUCUAUCUAUCUAACCUCUCUCUUUAUCUCUAUAUUCUUCUCUCUUUCAUUCUCUAUUUAUAUCUUGAUCUGUAUCUAUCUAUAUUUUUCUCUCUCAUACUCUCGCUAUAGAUUUACUUUUCUCAUUAUCCCUCUCUUAAUCUCGCUUUCCUUAUUAUUCUCUAAUUUUCCUUUUAAUCCCCCCCUUUUUAUAUGUUACCAAUGCGCUGCUUAUUUCUCCUCUGCCUCAUAUACAAGAUCCUACCCAAUGGCUUCGGGAACAUUAACAGUAAGCACGAAACGAAUAUAG